CGGGCCGGGCGGGCCGGGCGGGCGGGCCGCGCCUGUCAGCGGAGCGGCGGGAUGGCGGCGCUGUACGCCUGCACCAAGUGCCACCAGCGCUUCCCCUUCGAGGCACUCAGCCAGGGCCAGCAGCUCUGCAAGGAGUGCCGGAUUGCUCAUCCCAUUGUUAAAUGCACUUACUGCAGGACUGAAUUCCAACAGGAAAGCAAAACCAACACGAUAUGCAAGAAGUGUGCUCAGAACGUGAAGCUCUAUGGCACACCAAAACCCUGCCAGUACUGCAACAUCAUAGCAGCAUUUAUUGGAAACAAGUGCCAGCGUUGCACCAACUCAGAGAAGAAGUAUGGCCCUCCUCACUCGUGUGAGCAGUGCAAGCAGCAGUGUGCAUUUGACCGGAAGGAUGACAGGAAGAAGGUGGAUGGAAAGCUGCUGUGCUGGUUGUGCACAUUGUCCUACAAACGAGUCCUGCAGAAGACCAAAGAGCAGUGCAAACACCUGAGCAGUUCUUCCCGAGCCAGCCUGCAGGAGAAGGAGCAGUUCAGUAGGCUCAGCAGUGGCAGCCACUAUAACAGCCAGAAAACCUUAUCCACGUCUUCCAUUCAGAACGAAAUCCCAAAGAAGAAAGCCAAGUUUGAUGCCAUAUCUGCCAAUGGUGACAGCGUUCCUUCCUCUCCCGAGAUGCUUUGCCCCCUUAUCCAGAGGGCCCCGUCCACGUUGGCGCAGUGGGCUGCUUCCCAACAGACUCUCGGGGCCCACCAUUGUCCUGUUGCUCAAGGCAUUGACAUCCUGAAUUUUUCUCCGGACCUCGCCCUGGACUCCCCUGGCACUGACCACUUUGUCAUCAUUGCCCAGCUGAAGGAGGAAGUGGCUACUUUAAAAAAGAUGCUUCACCAGAAGGAUCAGAUGAUUUUGGAGAAGGAGAAGAAGAUCACAGAGCUGAAAGCUGACCUACAGUACCAGGAAUCACAAAUGAGGGCAAAGAUGAACCAAAUGGAGAAGACGCACAAGGAGGUCAUGGAGCAGUUACAGGCCAAGAACAGAGAGCUCCUGAAGCAAGCAGCUGCCCUGUCAAAAGGCAAAAAGCCUGAGAAGUCAGGAGCAAUAACCUCCCCUUAAAGCCAAACCCCCAGCCUGGGAGCUUUCCCCAGCAUUAGCCGAGGAGUCUGGGAGACCUGCUGGAUCGCCGGAAGCCCAAACCUCUGUGUUGUCUCUAUCCCACUGCUGUGGACUCCAUGGGAGUUCCUGAUGCGUGUUACCUUCCAACAGCAUGCUUGAGUGUGGCCGGUUUUGAUCCAUGGGGAGAGGUCCCAGCCUUCCUAAAUCCCCCUGAAAUACUGUUUUCUGGAAGAAAUCUUUUCCUAACCAGUUGCUACCACUGCCAGCCCUUUCCAUGAGUGAACAGGAACCUGCUGCAUUAGUGGCUCCUUGCUGGUUCCCAGCCUGCUGCUGUGAGGGAAUUGCCAUGGCCAGUUGUUCUGCAGAUAAAAUGGGAGCUGCGUGUGGUGGGAGCUGUUUGUUUGUUUUUUUUUUUUCUUUCCUUGAACUGUUCCUUCUUCAGAAGAGAGCUGAGAACUCACCAGCCCAACAGAUGUUCCUGGAAAGUUGUGCCACUGCUGACAACAGUUGAUCCAGCUUUUUGAAGAUGCUUCCAAAAUGGGGGCCAUGUAUUUAUCUUGGAAGAUUUUUGUGUUUUGUUUUGAUUUUUCUUCUUUUCUCUGUCAGCUUGGCAAACCAAACUGCCUGGUUUUAUGUUUCCUUGUUUUUCUGAUGAGAGCUUUUGGGUUGGGAGCCAAAGUGGAACGAUACAGACCCCAACCCACCCAGAAUUCCCCCCCAAGUGCCCUGGUUACGUGGUGACCUCUGGGAUUUUGGUGAUUUCUGAAGCUUGGUGCAAUCAAGUGUCUCUUACUCCAUUUCUUUACACAAAGAGAGUUCAAGGCUUGGAUAUUCCCUCUCUUCCCCCUUUCCCUGCCCCUUCCAGAUGCAGGAGCCAGGCUGGCUCCAGGAAAGCACUUACUCAGGCAGUGACCCGAGCCAGGGAGUGUUUUUUGGGGCACUCCAGGGAUUUUUCUCACUGCUGAUUCCAAACCAGCAGGAUCAAAGGGCUAUGAGAGUUUCCUGUACCAGGGAUGUGCUGCCCUGAAACAGCACGGCUGCCACUGACCCUUACAGCCAGACCAGCUGGGGUAGGUGCCCCCAGGCACCUCUUUUGGGGUGAUGGUGGUGGAUAAAAAGCACUUGGAGGGGGAGCACCACACAACUCCGGGCUGGCAGGAGCUCCUCGACAUCCCGGACUCCAGUCAGGGAGUGGAGAAACAUCUCAGGGCUGAAGGUAGGUAAGAGAACUCAUGUUUUUGCUGCAGGGCGGCUGCUCUGUCAGGGCUUUGAUGAAGCUUUUACCUAGAGCUUGUGAUUACUUUUUUCAUCCUUUUGUUUCUUAUUUGUUACUAAAGUUGAUUUUACUCAAAGGCACUUUUUUGGGAUGAUGUUGGCUUCUGGCACAGAAGGAGCACAUUUCAUCGGACACUGCCAUGUGUUUGUUUUUGGUUUUUCUAAGAGACUUUUGAUGUGAAAACAAGCAAAACCAGAAAUUGUUACACUUUGCCUGAGUGUGGCAGCUGGAAAAACUCACCCAAUUUUAUACUUUUAGAAAAUGAAGUGCAUUGGUGGGAGUUUUUUUAACUGUGGGCUUUGCUUAUUUUCCUUCCCUCAACAUACAGAAAUAAAAAGAGGGAGAAAGGCCCUGUAAAUACUGUUCAGUUGGGUUUUUAAUUGUGAUAAAUUGCUCCUGCCAUCGCGUAGCUGAUUUGUAGCACCAACAUCAUUUCUUUGUAUGUUUGUAAUAAUGAGAUUUUCAAGGGACGCUUUGAUUUGUACAAAUGACACCUGUAAAAGUGGUUUAAAAAAAGCCUCAUUUGUGACUGAUACUUUGUUUGCUUUGAAAAGGGAAAAAACCAAAACAACUGAAGUACCUCUCCCUGCUUGGAGCUGAUUUAUCUCCUGCUCUAGGGUUAGGAGUUAGGGAAAGGAGACAGUAUUUUCCCAUUGUUUGCUUUGCUCCUACUUUUUUUUCUAUCUUUAAAUCCUCCUAUCAAGCCUGUUGCUAGGAUCCUGGUUACUUGGUUACAUCCAGCUUCCAGGACCCAUCCGUCUGUAUCUGGCGAGAUUUAUUCCUGAUCUCGGCAAGGGGGUACAACUGGCACAGACAGUGAGACCUGCUCCUUUGGCAUGGAGGUUCUCCCUUUUCCCAUGAGAUUUCCAUGAAGAAAAUUCAGCUGCCCCCCAUCUUUUUCCAAGGAAAUAGCAAGAGGUCCAGGAGUCUAAACGGGUUUUAGCUUUGACCUUUUACCUUACUCAUGUCCAGUCUCCUGGAGCACAGGGGAAUAGCAGCUCCUUCCUGCUGCUGCUGCUGCUCCCAGAGCAAUGAGGAUCACUGACCAGUACAAACCACAGUUUAUAAUAUUUUUGUUGCUGAAGCCACAUCCAUCUGCCUGCAGUGCAGAAAUCCUGAUGGAGCACUGGCAGCUCCUGUGGGCCAGGAUCACCUUGGGAGUCACCUUCCCUUCAUGCCUCUGAGCAGAGCAGCUGCAGAGGAAAUGAGAGGAAACAACCUCAAAGUGUGCCAGGGAGGAUUUACAUUGGAUAUCAGAGAAAGUUUUUCCAUGGAAAGGGCUGUCCAGCCCUAGCACAGACUUCCCAGGGGAAUUCUGGAGUACCCAUCCCUGGAGGAAUUUGAAAGCCAUGUGGGUGUAACAUUUGGGGACAAGGGUUAUGUGCUGGCCCCCAGUACUGGGGGAACAGUUGGACUGGAUGCUCUUAAAGCUCUUUUCUAACCUGAAUGAUUCCAUGAUUCUAAUUCCCUUCUCCAUCCCACAAGUGCUGUGGGCUUCCUUCUUCCAGCCCACAAAGCUCUAAUGCCGCGGGUUUUCCUACUGGAGUCCAUAGUGGGGUGACCAGCCAUAGUGGCAGUAUUGCUCCUAAUCUUUGAGCAGAGCAUGUAAGGAAAGGAAACACUGAAACAAUAUUCCAUGUCUUACCUGCCCUACGUGUUCCCUCAUAGUGUCCCUGUAUGGUCUUUGCUGCUUCCCUUCCUCCUCAGAAUCUGGGCUGCCCCAAACCACCAGCUGGUGGAAAAGGCAGGAAUUGUCCCCAGCUAACCUCCUUCUAAGGUAACACACCUUGAGCAAUUUGCCUUCCCUUGCUGUUUAGCUUUCCUGGAACACCAGUCUUGUCCAGUCAGCAGGAUGGUAACCAGGGCACUGUCAGUCCCAAAAUAAUUACUUGCUGUUGCUUGUUUUUAAAUGCCUGGAGAGAUUUAAAAGCCAUGCAGAUGUGGCACUUGGGGACAUGGGUUAGUGGUGGCCUUGGCAGUGCUGGGGUAAUAGUUAAACUUGAUGAUCUUAGAGGGCUUUUCUGAACUGAACAAUUCCAUGGUUCUAUGGGAUGCUGAGGCUGUUUUGUACUGUCCAGCAUGGCCUGCUCCUGGCUCCCAGCAUGGGAGGAUCUGAGUUGCUGGCAGCUCCCUGUACCAGGCUGCUGUGAGAGUAGGGACAGGCUGCUGGCAGCCCAAACCAACUGCUGCACGAGCAGGAGCAUGGGGAGCCAGCCAGGAAAGUGCUGAGGCUGCAGGUAACCAGUCCUAGCCCAUGGGGCAUCCCGUGCUGCUCCAAAACCUGGAGCUCUGUGCCCACCCUGCUGUGCUUGGCCCCUCCUGCCCCUGCUCGACAUGCAGGAGUUGUCUGUGGGACAAAUAUCCUGCUGGCAUAGCCCUUCAUUCUUCUGAUGGGACAUUUUUAUAUUAAAUAUUUGGCAGCAUCUCCAGCCCAUCUCUCCAGCUGGAUCAUUGCCUGAUGCUCACUAAGUGCCCUGUCCCUCUAAGAUCCUGAGAUUUUUGGGGAGCAGAAAGGGGAGAACAGAGGUAGCCUCUCCCCCUCUUCCCUCCCUACUUUGCUUGUUCUGUGUUGCCUUUACCGAUGCAAAGGAAGAGAUGUGUUUUCCCCUGCAGGCUGAUGUGUUCAGCCAGAGCAAACACAGAGCUCGUGGCCUCAGGUGGAGCUGUAGUCAUCAUGGAAUGGUUUGGGUUGGAAGAGAUCUUAAAGCUCAUCUUGUUCCACCCCAUGCCAUGGAAGGGAAUGGAAUCUUCCGUGUUUUGAUCAGUUUGCUGCAAGCCCCAUCCAGCCUGGCCUUGGACAUUUCCAGCCAUAGCUUCUCUGGGCAGCCCCAGGGCUGGCUGGUGGCCAGCAGCUCCUCUGCUUGUGCCCCGUGUCCAGCAGCUCUGUGGGGUGUGACAGUGCCAGAGGAGCAGGUGACACACCUGGACUGGGGUGACGGAGGCUAAAACAGCACUUCUGACCCCAGGGCAGUGAGAGGCCCUGUUGCCUUGGAUCAGAUGAAGUGCAGCCCCAGAAUUGUGCCUCUGAAAUGACACAAGUGGAAAUACAGAAGCGGAAACCUUGAUAUGGCCAGAGCCACCCAGACCCCACAUCUCAGCACAGAGCUCUGCUUGCAAAACACCCUAAAAAUAGCCCCGGUAAGGGGACAAGGACAAGGAGCAAUGACCAGGGACGUUUGAAACCGGCUGUGUCCUCCCUCCCCGCUGAGGCUGGGGCUGUGGGCUGUGCUGGUUUGGCUGUUCCAGCCGUGGGCUGUGCGGCCGGUACUGCAGUGCCAGGGAGCACUGGCGUUCCCUCCACUGGCAGGAGCUCAGCCUGGAGCCAGAGGAGGCUGUUGCCAGGAAAAUCCGGAGUUGUUUGUGCAGUGAAUCCCAUUUGCUGGACUUUGCUGUGUUGGGCUGUCAGGCAGCACCAGAUUGGUACCAGGGCUGUGUCUGUGUUGUGGGGGUGGGUUUCCCCCCCUUUUCAUUUUUUUUUUCUUUUUCUUUAUUAUUUUUCUUUUUUUUUCACCUUUUUUAUUUCUCCUGUCCCUUUGGAGAAACACCAAACCUGGUAAAAGAGUCAGAGAAUCCCAGAUCGUUUUGGUGGGAUCUUAUAGCUCAUCUCAUUCUGCCCCUUCCAAUGGGCAGGGACACCUUCCACCAUCCCAGGUUGCUCCAAGCCCUGUCCAGCCUGGCCUUGGACACUUCCAGGGAUCUUGGGGCAGCCACAGCUUCUCUGGGCAACAUCUGCCAGGGCUUUCCCACCGUCACAGGAAAGAAUUCCUCCCCGAUAUCCCAUUUUCCCCUCCCUUCUGGCAGUGGGAAGCCAUUCCCCCUUGUCCUGGCACUUCAGACCCUUGUCCCGAGUCUCUCUCCAGCUCUCUUGGAGUCCCUUUAGGCACUGGAAUGGGGUUUAAGGGUUCCCCAGAGCCUUCUCUAGGCUGAGCACCUUCUGCUCUCCCCAUCUUUCUGCAGUGCAGAGGGUCUCCAGCCCUCUGGAGAAUUUUGGCCUCCUCUGGGCUCACUCCAGCAGUUCCAUAUCCUUCUGAUGUUGGUGCCCGGAGCUGCCCCUCACUGAGCGAAGCAGAGGUGUUUUCCCUGAGCUUUCUGUUCCCUUUGGCCCCAGGACAGGUUUCCAGCCCUGCCGGUGUUCAAGGUCGGAGUGCGGCCGGCUCUGGGUAGACCUGCUGUCGGAACGCUGGCCACGCCCCCGUGCUGCCAUUGGUCCGAUUGCUGCUGGGUGUCACGGCCGCGAGCUCCCAUUGGCCAAGCGGCUCGGGGGCGUGUCCCGCCCCGUGCUAUGUA